CACAACAACAUUUUAAAUUACAUUCUUUUUUGUCACUGAUUGCGGUAUCAGAUAUUUCCGCUGCGUUCUACGUCACGUAAUAAGGUAAUCCGUAUGCGAAAUGUCCCAACCCAGCACCGUCUUAAAUGGGCCCAGCGAUGGUAACCAAACGGCACAGACGACGAUGGUCAAACCAACAUCAAUUCAAGAUCCACCUCGACCUCAACUCAAUAGAGUCGAUAGUCGAGCAAAUUUAUCUCCAAGAACAGGAUAUCCCCAACAACAAUUUCGCCCAAAUCAACAACGUCCACCGUUCCCAGGAACACCACCUCAAUUUCCACGACCUCAACUACAAAGAAAUCCAAGUUUUGGGCAAGUUAAUUCACCACCACCAAUCGCCAACAUUCGCCCGGGAAGUCCAAACCCAACCGGAUUAAGACAACCCCCACCUUUCACUCGACCCCCUUUAUCUCCCGGUGCAGGAAGACCUCCAGGUUUAUUCCAACAAAAAUCCGUACCAAAACCCCCACAAGAAAUUAUACCAAGAAGUCAAACCCUGGACACCACGACGGAGUUAAACACCGCAAGAAAUGCAAUGGAGAGUCAAAAAGCGUUGUACGAAGAAGAAUCGAAAAAUGAGGUUAAUAAAAAGUUGUCGAAUGAAGGUUUAAAUAAUACAGGAGUGAAAGUACAAGAAGAAGAAAAUUCGACUAAGUUAAUUAUAAACGAAACGAAGCUAGGUGAUAAAGGUGGAGAGGUCGAGAGGGACCAAAAAAGUCCUGCAUUUGAUGAUAAAGGGAAAUUGAAUGAUGAGCAAAAAAUUUCUACAGAAAAAGUUAAAAUUAAAUCACCUAUUUUUGAUGAUGAAAAAGUUGCGUUAGAAAAAAUUGAUGAAAAAGAGAAACCUAAUAAAGCUGAGAAAUCAGAAAAUUUGGAGAAACCAGAAAAGCCAAAAACUCUUCGUCCGGAUAGCAGAUCAUCUCUUGGACGACCAGAAACAUUUAAAUCAGAAGGCGAUAACGAUAGUGGUGUUGAUGAAUCAACCCAAGGAAAUGAUCAAUCAAGUAACGGAGAUCAUAAUUCUCCACGUAAAUCAACAACUGGUAAACCACCAUCAAGAAACGCAGCUUCUCCAACUAAAAGUCGAUCAGUUUCGAGAGGUUCGAAAUCACCCCAUGUAAAAACUCCUGAUUCGCCGACUCCAAGUACUCCAGGAUCUGUGGAUAAAAAGAAAGUUCCUAUGAAUAAAGUCCAAGUUGGUGGUGCGCCAUCUCCGAAUUUAAAAGAAGUAAAAUCGAAGAUUGGCUCCCUUCAAAAUACCAGUUACAAACCAGGUGGGGGGCAGAUUAAAAUUGAGAAUAAAAAAAUUGAUCUAUCAAAGGCCCAUUCGAAAAUAGCGGCUAAAAACGAUACUUAUGUUCCAGGAGGUGGUGAAAAGAAGAUUGAGCAUCGAAAAUUGAAUUGGAACGCAUCGUCGAAGAUCGGAUCUUUGGAUAAUACAACUCAUAAGCCGAAAGGGGGCGAUAAAAAGAUCGAAUCGAUGAAAUUGGAUUUCAAAGACAAGGCAAAACCAAAAGUAGGUUCCAAAGACAAUAUGAAAUACCAACCGGGUGGUGGUGAUGUUAAGACUGCUUGUGAGAAGGUCAACAAAAAAUUGGAUUCGGUUAGACGCGAAGAAAUUGAGACGAAAAAGUUGGACAUCAAAGCUAAAAGCAAAGUAAACUCUUUGGAUAACGUUAAACACAGACCCGGUGGUGGUGAUAAGAAAAUUUUCGACGACAAAGAGUAUCUUCGCCAAAAAUCGGGGACAUCCGGCGAUCAUAACUCCUUGAAUGGCUCACAGAGUUCAUUGCCAUCACAAGAUGCUGCUGAGCCAAUUUCAGAUGAAAAUCUCAACAGAGAGUAGAUGCAGAACCACGUCGCUUUAAUUUUAGUUCUUUUUUAUUAAUAAAAUAUAUCAAGCAUU